GUCCAAUCAGAAACCGGCAGGGCAGACYGGAGACUCCGAGUUUUCAUUGAUUAUUAAGAGGAUAAACCGAUAAUUUCACAGAUAAUAAGAGGUAAACUGUUUUGUUACAUUUGUUAGAUACAACCUAGCUUACUUUAUCUGCAUUUCAUAGAGUUUACACUUUAUAUUUAGUGUUAAUUUACAAGUCUAAAUAUGAUUUAUGUCUUGUUAUCAUCAUGUUAGCUAAGAAAGUCGAAUUACACUAAUGUUGAAAGCAGAUCAGAUGGACAACAGGACAAAUGACCCACAGAGAAAGUUUAUUUACUGCUCUGGAGCCGUCACAGAACUGCUUCAGUUUGGACCCAGUCGCUUACUUUCAGAACACAAAGUUCUUUUCCUGAUUAUUCCAGGUAACCCAGGUGUGGUGGGGUUUUAUGAAACUUUCAUGCAGAUGCUUCACAGUUUGUCGGGACACCCGGUGUGGGCUGUGAGCCACGCUGGACACUGUGCUCCCCCCGACUCCAUGGACAUGGUUGAAGACGCCUCUGCGGCCGAGAGGGACGACGUGUUCGGUCUGAACGGACAGAUUGAGCAGAAGCUGGACUUUGUCAGAAAACACGUUCCCAGAGAAACGGGUCUGGUUCUGGUGGGUCACUCCAUCGGUUGUUACAUCAUCCUGGAGAUGAUGAAGAGGGACCCUGAACUCAAGGUCCUGAAGGCUGUCCUGCUGUUUCCCACCAUCGAGCGGAUGGCUCAGACCCCUCAGGGGAAGGUCAUGACCCCCGUUCUGUGUCAGAUGCGGUACCUGGCCUACCUGCCAGUCUUCCUGCUCUCCCUGCUGCCGGACAGUCUCCGAGCUCUGCUGGCCAGACUGGCGCUCAGCGGAGUCUCGUCUCUGGAUGGGUGUAUCGUCCCUGCCUGUGUGGAGCUGCUGAGUGGAGACUGUGCAGCCAAUGCUAUCUACAUGGGAGGUCAAGAAAUGAAGAAAGUUGUUGAGAGAGACAAUAAAACGAUUAAGAAACACCUUGACAAGCUGAUAUUUUAUUACGGAGCCACAGAUCACUGGUGCCCUGUGAGUUAUUUCCACGACAUCAAGCAGGACUUCCCGCACGCCGACGUCAUUCUGUGUGAAAAAGGUUUCCGCCACGCCUUCGUCCUGGACGCGGGACGCCAAGUGGCCAAAAUGGUCGUCGACUGGAUCCGUUGAUCUUUGGGGACGUAAGUUUUCUUUCAGGAUCUCAUGUUGGAACAUUUUAACCGGCAGGAGUCGGCGACAAAGAUGCAAUUUUAUUUAGUGAGAGGAAAGUGCAUCUCCUAUCCUGUUUCCUGGGAGCACACGUCGUUUUUACGAUAAAAAAUAUUUAAAACUUUGUUCCUGUUGUUUUUUUAUGCUUAAUAUUCAACCCAAUGGUCCAAUUUACUCAAGCACUUUGUAACAUCCUGCAUGUUUAAAAUCACAAGAAGCCACAAACCAUGAUGCUUCCACCUCUGUGCUUCACAGUUCAUAUGAGGUUUAUUUUAAGUUUGUGCCAAAUAUGUUCACUGAAUUUUUUUAAUAAGCUGCAGUUUGUUUAAGACAUCUUUUUAAAAUAUGUUUUCCAGAUAAGGUGAUGCUUUUAUGAGAUGAUUGCUCCAGUGAUCGGGCUGAAAAGUUGAUUUAUUUUCUUGGUCUGUUUAUGAUGCAAAUUCAUUUUAUUGCUACCUGACUUGAAGCUCUUCUUUAUAGUCCAAAUAUUAACUUUUAAAUGAUCCUAAAAUGACUUGAAACUCAUGUUGGAGAAGAUUUUUCCAUGUUUGGUGUUUUUGUUUUUAAUGAAAAGGAACAAUAACUUUCUGAAAACUGAGUUUUUACCUUUAAGACUGUAGCACUGUUUCAUCAAAUGAUUCCUUGUUAGAAUAUUUAAAGAAGCAUUUUAAAUUUAUGUAUUUUCUGAUUUUAUAAACACAAGCUGGAUCUAAUUUGCAAAAUGUUUUUUAAUCUAAAAAUUAUGAAACCAGCAUUUUACCUGAGUUGUUUAAGGCUGUUUUACUGAGCCAAUAGUUUGACCUAACACAUGUCCCUUGUUUGGGCUGUCAAUAAGACCAACCCUCCUUCAAAAAAAAAAAAAAAAACCCCACUUAAAUCAGCUCUUAGAAUAAAUUUGGAAAAUUAAAAAAAUUAUAAGUGUCUCUUGUGGCACUGAAUUGGUUGUAAGGACAAUGUUGGCCACUAGAUGGCGCCUCCAGCACAGACGCCACCCUGGAGAAGAAGUGGGUUUUUGAUAAGUUUAUACUUCUACCCACUCUGAACCUUCAUUUUUGUUGUACUGUUUUGAUUUUAUUUGCUGAAAUUUUAUUUGUAAUGUGGUGCGUUCAAUAAAAAUACAAAAAAACCCUCCCUCAGACAUCAUCUCUACCAGUUAGAAAGAGACAGGAAAUAAUCAAACUGAACAGAUAAAAUCACUAGAUUCAUGGGAAAUGUGAGGUAGACUAUCUGUUGACAGAAUUUCCAGUUAAACCUCUGUGUUUAGGGCUCAGAGACACUGUCUGCCACAAAAGGGUUAAUAUAAGUCACUGCAACACGUUGCACAAAGCUAAAUAUGAGAACUUUACUGAAGUCACAAGUAAACAACUUUUUACCAGAACCACAACCAUGCAGGAGUCUGCACUCAAGGCGUCUUAUAUUGUUGCACAUCAGCUCACUAAAAUAAGCAUUUAUUUCUGUUUGCUUCAAAUGUUUUGUAUUUAUAUUGAUUAAACAAGAGUACAACUAUU